UGCUCGAGUCACAAAAUAAUCACCAAAACUCAUCAGAUUUUAUUCAGUUUUAAUCAAUAAACAUAGUAGUUCAUUUGUCUAUUCUGAAGGCUGAAACUAGUCAAAUCAUGGUUCAUUUGCUCACACCGACUCCUACCACUGCCGCAACAGCUCUCUCCACGAGACCCUGGAAGAGCCCCUCCCUAUAUUCUUGGAAAAAUGGGUGCUUUAGCACUAUAAGAGUGUGCUGCAUUGGCAACCAAUAUCAACCUCAGGUCUCUAAUCAUGGUCAAGUUCUUCCUACUCGUGAUGAUCACACUCUGCAUAGGAGGGCAUUAAUGGGAUUAAGUAGUGCAGUAGUGUUGGGAUUGACUUGGAGCGAUGGGCAAAGCGCAAGAGCAGCUGCUAGAAGGCCUCCACCUCCACCACCAAAGGAGAAAAAAGAUCCCAAUGUGAGUGGUGUUCAGGCGAAAGUAUUGGCUAGCAAGAAGAGAAAAGAAGCCCUUAAAGAAGAAGUUGCCAGGCUAAGAGAGAAAGGGAAGGUCAUUAACAAUAACAUUAAUAAAGAGCCACCUCCUCCUCCUGUAGUUGCACCAAUUCGUGCACCUGAAUAGUUUUCAAUUCUUAACCCUUCCAAUGUUACCUGCAAAUCAAAUGGUUGAUAACAAUGUUGUUGUAUCACUAUUUUGUUCCACCGAAUAUGGCUGUUUUUGCUUACAUUUUUCUUUGGAGUGAUAGGGCAUUUGUGGUCAGCAGUACAUGUACUUCAUCAUUUCAGGAGUACUCAUGCUUCGUAGAUUGUAUGUUCACCAAAAUUGUCUUAGUCGAAUUUUUGCAUGUUAAGAUAUGAAGUGACAAAUUAAUGGCAUAUGUGACAAAACAAUUUGAGAGAUAA